AUGUCUUCAGACCCCCAAUCCCCUCGCUCCCAAGCCCUCCGCUACAUCUCCGAUUCCCGAUUCCACCGGCUCUUCAAACAUGGCGAGCUCACAUUCACCUACGCAGAUGUCGGCGUCCCAUCCGACACGACCAUCCUCUUCAUGCCCGGCAUGUUCGCAUCGCGAUAUCUCGCGGUCUGGAUGCACGCCAUCGCAAAGACCGUCGGCGUGCGCGUAUUAGUGGUUGAUCGUCCCGGAAUGGGCUCCUCCACCCCCGUCCCUCUCGAACAGCGCGUCUCCGCAUGGAUCGACCUCGUCCCGGCGCUUCUCUCGCAUCUCAACAUCCCCCACGUCGCGCUGGCUUCGCAUAGCGCUGGCAUGAUAUACCUGCUCAACACGCUCCAUCACUGUCGAGACUUGCUUCAUCCGGAGAGGCCGUAUGUUGCGUUUCUAGCACCCUGGGUAAACCCCACGCACAGCCGCAUCACCAGCAUGCAACUCGCGCAACACCUCCCCAUGCCCGCCUUCAGCAUCUGGAACCAGAUCCCGCGCUUCCUCCUCCUCACCGCGACCCCGGUGUUCGAGAGCAGCGGCGCCCUCGUCAACAAGAUGUCCUCGAUAAGUGGGAGCGCGCCGGUGGAGAGCGCGUCCGGCUCUGGCUCUGCGCAGGUCGAACGGGGUCGGAGGCGGAUGGAGUCCAAGCAUGGGGUUUCGAGAGAUGUGCAGAGGGAGUUGGAGACGCUGGUGUUUCGGUUUAUGUUUGAGGAGGGGACGCAGGGCGCGAAUGAUGAGGCUAUGCAGUGUCUUUGGGGGGUUGACGAUGUGUGGGAUUUUGAAGCGGUUGUGGUUAAAGGAACAGACCAUAAUAGUGUGAUGCAGGAGACUGGGCUGUUUGAGAGGAUCUUUCGUGAGGCUGCGGGGCGAUCGUGA